AUAACAAAAGUUACGCUCUCUCUCGCUCUCAAUUUUUGUCGCACGUGCGGUAGUUUCGGUAUUUUUUCAUCGCUCAGAACGAACAGCUGUUCUACUGUCAAUUUACUCCGGCCUCUGAUGUUUAUUAAUUGAAAUUCGACUUUUGAGUGCUCAAAUGGCUCAUAAAAUUCGCCAAAGCUGGACGUGCUCUUCACCGCCUCCUGGACACUCCUCCGCCUCCUGGUCACUCCUCCUACUUCUGCAUUUUAAAUCCUGCCGUGUCGAUGGAAAUUCCCACAUUGCAUAAUUGAGACUUCUCGGGCAUCCAAAUUGGAACUUCGACUUUGUAUUUAUUGGCGGCUCGCACGGAAAUUAACCAGCCAAUUGCCUUCGAUUUCGAAUUCCCACACUUUGCCAAUUGAGCCGUUGAUUUUUAAUUUUUAAUAACUAACCAAGCGCAUUUGACCACAGUGCCGGGAUAUAGAAAUCUAAUCGCCUCUGCGCAGGGAUCAUAAAUUAAUUCGAAGAGCACACACUACUCCGAAUCCGAAAUGAGCAGGUACCACAAGAGCCGAGGAGCCGGUGGCCCCACGAAUCCGGCUGGGCCAGUCUACGGCGUGAUCUCGACGUUGGACGACGCCGCUCCGAAUCCCGCGGAUUUCGCCAGAUGCCCCUCGCUUGAGGCGAAGAAAAGUGAGCUGAGCUUGUUCCUCAACUGGGGAAGCCCCAAAAAGAGUAUGGAGUUGGGCUCGAGGCUCAAGAACCGCAGCUGGGUGGUUGACGUGCUGGCCAUCUUCUUUGGCAUCGGAACCUGGCUGGGAGUGAAUGGUACCUUCAUCCAACUGCCCCUGCUGGUGGACGAGGCGCCAGAGGGUUGGAGUCUACCCUCCUAUCUCAGCGUCAUGGUGCAGAUCGGCAACCUGGGCCCGCUGCUCUACACGGCCAUCCAGAAGUACUCGCCCAAGAAGCUGAACGACGGCUGGACCAUCCACGGAGUGCUCCUGGUGGGAGCGCUCUCCUGCCUGCUGACGGCGUUCUUCUACAACCAAACCGCUCCAGUGGCUGGCACGGAUCACAGCCUGGCCCUGUUUGUGCUCACCUGCUUCACGGCGCUGAAUGCCUGCACCAGCUCGGUGCUUUUCAUGCCCUACAUGGGUCGCUUCAAGGAGCAGUACAUGGUCACCUACUUCAUCGGCGAGGGCCUGAGUGGACUGCUGCCCAGCGUGACCGCCUUGAUCCAGGGCAUCGGCGAGAGCGGCGACUGUGUGCAGGUCAAUGUAACCGAAACCGGAGAGGCGGUCUACGAACUGCAGAAGACGCCGCCACGAUUCGACACCCGAGUCUUCUUCCUCAUCCUCUUCGGGCUCAUGGUGCUCGCCUAUGUGGGCUACGCCCUGCUGAACUCCCUGCCGGUGGCCAGGAGGGAGUACGCCCAGGUGACGGUCAGCGAGGGCAACAAGUACGUGUACGGCGAGGCGGACAACCAGCCCAAGGAGCAGAAGCUGAGCAGGGGACAGUACACGUACCUGCUGCUGCUAAUCGGAGCCAUCUCGCUGUUCAGCAACGGAAUGUUCGGCAGCAUUCAGUCGUACUCCAGUGCCCCGUACGGAUCCCAGGCGUAUCAUCUGGCGGCCACCCUCAGUGUGAUUGCCAAUCCGGUGGCCUGCUUCAUGGCCAUGUUCCUGCAUUUCACCUCCCUGCGGAUCAUCACCGUGCUCUCUAUCCUGGCGGGUCUGCUGACCAGCUACGUCUUCACCACGGCCGCCCUGAGUCCUCUGCCGCCGCUCCACGACCAGACCAUUGGAGCAGUGAUCGUAGUCACCGCUUGGACCUUGCUGGUGGGGAUCGUGAGCUACACGAAGCUGGGCAUCACCACCGUGAUGCGGGCGCAGGGCGGACAAUCGCUGGUCUGGGUGGGCGCCAUCACGCAGCUGGGAUCUGCCAUCGGAGCGGUGGCCAUCUUCUUCGCCAUCAACUAUUCGGAUCUGUUCCAGGCCGCCGAGUCGAGUUGCUGA